ACAUCACAUCACCACAGCCUACCACAGGAUCCUUUCGAGUGACAUCUGUCUCACUACACUAUGUACAAGGAGCCCGUGUAACGCUGUGAGAAGGACUAGAUCAUUCUAAUUUCGAGUUAAGCCACCCCCUGUCAUCGGGAUUGUACCUUUGAGAAUAACGAUGAAGUUGCCUGUGGCCAUUCUACUGCUGGCUUUUAUUAUUCAAGCGGAAGGAAGCUUGUGCAAGCGACGUGGGUGUUUCUGUAAGGAAAAUGGGAUUCCCAAUGGCAAAAACUGUGAAUGUCCUUCUGGUUUCCAUGGAUACGAUUGUGGACUAAAAACACGUAACUUAUGUCCCACAAAUAUCUGUAAAAAUGGCGGAGUGUGCUUUGACAUGGGAAAGUGUUACUGCCACGGCGACUUUUACGGUGACCACUGUGAAUACUCCAUGGAGCCCCUGAACUGUGGGAUGGACAGCAUGCAAGUGGGGUUUGCUAUGGAACAGAACAAAUACAGGGACGAAAAGCCAGAUAUAUUCGCUAUACCCAACACGGCUUGUAAAUUUAGACCUGCGUACGAAAAUAAGAAACAUACCAUUUACAUGCUCGAGGUCAAUCUAACAACUACAAGAACUGUCCCGUGCAUGGACGUCAUCACGGAAACAAGACAUGGCGAUAUGACUACAUACACUAUUGAUGCGCAUGUGCGAAACUACGAAGGUCUUGAGUCACCUAAUGAUUGGACAACAACCUUUGAAUGUACCUACACUUCAAUAGGAACAGCAACCCAACGGGAUGUCACUGCGGAAGCCUCGGACGUCUUGUUUGCAUUUACAAGUAUCAACAACUCACUCGUGGACAACAUUGGACCACACGAACCCUUCAAUAUUGUCUUCUUCCUAAGACCCAACUCUACUUACGCCAAUCUGUGGCUGAAUAAACUUGUGGUAUACAACCAACUUAGUAACACAAAAAUGUUUACGCUGAUUGAACGCGGACGGAGCGACUACAUGUCGAAAAGAAUGAAGCUUUACAGAGAAGAAGGCCAGAUUCCAUUUUCAUUUGAGGUUGCUGAAAAUGUGACGGUGCCAGCGGUCCAAGUGAAAGUUAGCGGGCUGAGAGAGAAAGCAUCCAUCUAUGUAGACUAUGAAAUCCAGGUCUGCAGCACCUUCGUCUGUCCUAGUACGGCGGAUGCAUUUGGUGGACAAACAGCAUCAGGGAUAUUCAAUAUGCAUCAGCAUAUGGGCAAAUAAUUCACUUCCACUAUUAAUAGACUUGCGUGAAUAUGAACAGAUGGCUGAAAUGAUUUUUUUUCUAAUGUUCUGAGGUCGUUUUCUUUUCCAUAUAAAUAACAUAUUUUAUUAUAUUGUUCAGUUUGUAUUUAUUUGACGGCAAAUGUGAAAUUUCCUUUGAGAAUAUAUUCGACCUUCAUAGGCAAAAUUUCCAAGGAUCAUAAAAUCAUACUUUUACAAGUUUAAAGCAUUUUCGUGAUAGCAGCUACAUUUAUUGUUCACCGUUCAAAGAGAGUGAUUCGAUAUAUUGCCCAAUAAACAGUAAACGUAAUAUAUUUUAGAACUGAGAAAAUGAAUGAUAAUGAUGAUUUAAAAAAAGAAAUAUAACAAAUAGAAACAUAUAAAUUCUGCAUGCAAAGCAAACUCGGGAUUCUAACUGAAAUUGGUAAGCGAGGGUAAACUAAAAAAAACAGGGAAUCUGGAAGGUUAGUCUCUGCUUCACCGAAGUCAUCCGCAAUUAUAACAUAAUUCAAAUGCAGGUGAUGUCAUAUCCUCAAAAUGAGUACAUGGGAAGUGUAAAAAGAAAGCUCAUAUUAAGUUCCGCUGAUUUGAUCAGUCAAGACACUCAAAUUACAAGUUUUCUUGUUGAUGGCAUAGACAUACAAACCACUGAUAUCAUCGAUCGUUUACGAAUAUCGAACAUCACGUCUGCAGUUACCAUAGCAAUGAUGAAAAGUUGUUACAUUGUGUUCCGAAAUAUAACAAAGAAUGUUAUUAACUAAAAACGAUACAUGCAAUGGUUUUGAAUGAUAAAUUAUAUUUUAACAUGUACAUCAUAACAUGUGUAAGCAUAAACAUGUAUAAAGAAUUAUGGACACAAUGGAAUAAAAUCUCCAAACUAAAGGUUAA